AUUGAGGUCACCGUCAACUGACACUGGCCGCGCAGACAUCGUCAGUGAUAAACUGAUCGCUACCACUGGUGCUUUACACGACGUCCACAUAAGGCGAUAGACAUUUUUUCCUCUUGAAUCCUCCAUCCUUCGUGUCCAGAGCAGUCUUCCUUUUGUCUUGAAACCUCAACUUGAGUCGAGCGAAACGCGCCGACAGCCAAGAAAGGUUCAAGCGAUGGUUUCAAUAGGGCAUUUCGCGGAAUAUACGACUCAACAAUUGGUCGACGUCGUCGUGGAUAGGAUAGAACAAGAGGUCUGGUCUAUGAGCCAAGUGACAUUAGAAGACAUAGACGCUUCUUUGACGUCUCUCAGAGCCUCUAUUCGCCGCGUCAGAAAUGCGCGAUGUCCCAUCAACACGCUGCCUACGGAAAUCCUUUCCACAAUCUUUCGUCAUACGCCCAUCAUAGAAUACACACACACAAAUGUCCGCGGUGUUUUCGACAGCGGUAUCUUGCGGAGAGGGAGUGUUGUCAAAGUGACACACGUCUGUCGCUUUUGGCGCGAAAUUGCCCUCAGCAUGCCUACGCUGUGGAAUCGCAUCGAUGACUCAUCCCCAGGAACACAACAUAUGUUCUUCGAGCGCUCGGUCUCCGCCGCCUUGGGUAUACGGUUGAUAGGUACCCCAAGUGAUUUCAUGAAGACCCUCAUGUUAUCCGACUCCCAUCGCUUCCGGGAAUUGCACUGGGACGUGACCUCUACGGAAUCUGGAAGGAACCACGCCACGUUCCCUGUCCCAAACCUCGAAGUCCUGACGCUCAGAGGUUGGGGUGAAUCACGCAAUGGCCUUCUGAUCAUGAGCGGCGAACCACUCACCGUCUUCCAAGGAGAGGCACCGCGACUCCGUGUCCUAUCGCUCGACAAAUUGGACUACAUACCUUCCGACCGGUUCCCAUGUCUCACGUCGCUCCACAUCCGCACCUGCUUCACGCCCACCAUACUCCUUGGCUUAAAACAUAUCCUGCGUUACAGUACCCUUCUCGAGGACAUCUAUCUGGAGGAUUUUUCGGAAGAAGAUUGGGACGAAGAUGAAGCGAGGCAACUGCCGUUUAUGAAUACGUUGGAUUUGGCUCACCUCGAUCGCUCGCGCAGAGUGGUCUUCGACAAUCUGUCGGCGUCGGCCAUCAACUGGAUCCUGUCGUGCGUUGUGCUCAGUCCUCAAGUCGCAAUUAGGAUAUCUUGUUACACGCAUUGGCCGUACAUACUCUCGAUCAAGCUCCUCGAUCUCCUCAUGGUGAACGGGUUGACAAGACUGAGCAUCCUCUCCGACUCGAAAGACGAAGCAGUGCUGACUGCAGUUGACUCGCGCACCGGACUCCAAUUGUACUUGACGCCCGACCCGGCCUGUGACGGAGGAAUUACAUCCCCACUCAAGAUCUCGGACUUCAUCCCGACUCAGCAAAUUCGAGAGUUUUGGAUAGGGCUGGUUUGGAACCCAGCCCGCCCGGACACUCCCGAUCCAUUGCAUCUGCGCCGACUGUUGCGCGAGCUGUCAGCCCUUGAACUGCUCAUCGUACGCGACAACUGCAUUCGUCCAGUAGCCGAAGCCCUCACGCCGUCCUACUGCCCCGCCGAAUGGCAUGGAUUUCCAUGCUGUCGUCUCAGGACCCUACAAGUCAUCAUCUAUUGUGAUGAGACCGCGUGGUCCGUCCUGGAAGUGCUGUCAGUAGCACAGCUAUCAUCUGUGGAUGUAGUCAUCGCAUAUCAUCCCCGGGGCGAGCACUUCGAACCUGAUCCCGAGCCUGACGACGCGACUCGUCUAGAGUCGAACCUCAACACCGUGGUCUACAAGCAUUGCGCGGUCGACCCUCGGAUGGAGUUGCCUGCUCUAUGCAUGAGUACAGGUUUUGAAGAAUGGUCCUUCUUCAAGUUCAUGGAUUUCAAUCUAUCCUCCCCAUCCUAAGCCAAGUUAACUGCUGAGUUGACAAGAGGUGUGCCCUUUGUCACUGUGUCCCGAUGACGAACACAAGACUCAGGAGUCUUAGCUAGUAGUCAUUGACAUAACUGUAUGAACGUAGACAAAACUUGCGGAAAUAUGUUGAGGAUUCGAACUGCUCAGGCAUCAGAUCCACAGCUUCCGUAAACACACUCGAGUCUUGUCAUAAACGGAGCAAGCUUCCUUUUUCAUUUUUUUCGAGUACCUUCGUUGUCCACGAGGGCCGAGCCCUAUGUAGAGACAGCUCUAGCAGUACGUAGUAGGUGCGAGCAGGGUGCGAGUCCGUGCUAUCAGAGUCAGGCUUAGCAUGUGCCCGUUGCCGACGCUAGAGCGAGUGUAUGUAGGCUACAAUUGAGGGAUGUCGCACGUAGGUAAUAUGUACAGUAGCUGGCGAUGUAACGAGCGUAAUCAGAGCGGUGGUCAAGUUGAGGCCACGUACAAA